GCAACGGUCGGCGCCGGCUGGGGAGGCCGACGCCGCCGUUCCGCGCGAGGGCCCUUUCUUGGCGGCCGUGUGUGUAGACUACAAGUCCCAAGAUGGAAACUUUGUCUUUUCCCAGAUAUAAAGUUGCUGAGAUUGUGGUUCAUAUUCGCAAUAAGUUCUUAACAGGAGCGGAUGGAAAAAACCUCUCCAAGAAUGACCUUUAUCCAAAUCCAAAGCCUGAAGUCUUGUAUAUGAUCUACAUGAGGGCCUUACAGAUAGUCUAUGGCAUUCGAUUGGAGCAUUUUUACAUGAUGCCCGUGAACACUGAAGUUAUGUAUCCACAUAUAAUGGAAGGCUUUUUACCAGUUAGCAACUUAUUCAUUCAUCUGGAUUCAUUUCUGCCCAUCUGCCGGGUGAAUGACUUUGAGAUUGCUGAUAUUCUGUAUCCAAAAGCAAAACGGACGAGUCGGUUUUUAAGUGGCAUUAUCAACUUUAUUCACUUCAGAGAAGCAUGCCGUGAGACUUACAUGGAAUUUCUUUGGCAAUAUAAAUCCUCUGUGGACAAAAUGCAACAGCUGAGCAUCGCACACCAGGAGGCGCUGCUGAAAAUGGAGAGGCUCGAUUCUGUUCCAGUUGAAGAGCAAGAAGAAUUCAAGCAACUUACUGAUGAUAUUCAGGAGCUACAGCAAUCAUUGAAUCAGGAAUUUCGUCAAAAAACGAUAGUGCUGCAGGAGGGAAGUUCCCACAAGAAAUCAGAUAUCUCAGAGAAGACCAAACGAUUGAAUGAACUAAAAUUGUCAGUGGUUUCUUUGAAAGAAGUACAAGAAAGUUUAAAAACUAAAAUUGUGGAUUCUCCAGAGAAGGUAAAAAAUUAUAAAGAAAAAAUGAAAGAUACAGUCCAGAAACUUAAGAAUUCCAGGCAAGAAGUGAUGGAGAAGUAUGAAAUCUAUAGAGACUCAGUAGACUGCCUGCCUUCAUGCCAGCUGGAGGUGCAGUUGUAUCAGAAGAAAAUACAGGAACUUGCAGACAAUAAGGACAAGCUGACCAGUGCCUUGAAGGAGAGUCGGAACUUAGAGGACCAAAUUGAGAAUGAUGAAUCUGAACUAAAGAAAUUGAAGACUGAAGAAAAUUCACUCAGAAGACUGCUGAUUGUGAAGAAGGAAAAACUGGCCACGGCACAGUUCAAAAUAAAUAAGAAACAUGAGGACAUCAAACAAUACAAACGAGCAGUAAUUGAGGAUUGCAAUAAAGUCCAAGAAAAAAGAAGUGCUGUCUGUGAGCAAUUAACCACAAUUAAUCAAGAAAUCCAAGAGAUUAAAUCUGGAAUUCAGCAAAUAAAAGAUGCCACCGAAAGGGAGAAACUGAAGUCCCAUGAAAUAUCCCUCAACUUGAGGACUACCUUGGACAAGUACCAUAAAGGCAUUGAGAAGGCAGCAGAGGAGUGCUAUGCAAGAAUAGAAGAGAGGGCCACGGAGCUAAAGGGGAGAAUGUUCCGAAUGUCCACCUGACUGCGCAGCUGCCCCUUGUAGAUGGCUUGCCAUCUUUUAAUUUCUUCGAAGGGUGUAGUUAAGUUGAAACU